AAAUCCAAGAAAUGAAAAUCCCAACUGAUGUGAACCCUCCUCAUUCCAUUCCCGCCGAGAAGGCGAGAUGGCUGAAAAGCUUGGAAUAGAGUUAUUACAUGUAACAGAUGAACUCCCUCCCAAACGAUUUCAACAAACCCAUCAAUAAAUCCAUCGCCAGACAUUGUUCUGCAGGAAUGCGGAAUGAUACUGACGUUUCGGGGCUCGCAUGCAUCCUUGUUCCCCCUGCUCUCAUCUCAUUCACUUUCAUUCACGCUUUUUAUCCUGUUAUCCUCCAUUUUCAGCGCUAAACAAUCUCCUGCUUAACCCAUUUACUUUUUUUGGCCCCUGCGUCUCAUCCUUUCAUUCCAGCUCGCGAUCCGUCUUUACCCAGAUUUAUCUGAACUACUUACUACCUACAUUGUCUUUCAUUUCACUGGAUUUAUGUGUUUGCUCAUGCCCACCACAAUCUGCAUUAUGGUUUUCUCUCCUAACUGAAUUUUACACAAAAGAUGAUAAAUUUGGUUCCAAGAGGCGGGAGUAGAUCCCAAGACAUACAGGGCAUUGAAUUUUGGUGCUCAGCUUCUUGCUGAAAAGGCCACAGUCUCGUCCUCCCUCGGUUCAAUUUUGCAUAGCCCCAUUGCUGUAAUUACAGGGAGUAAGCACAGCAAGUCUCUUCAGUUCUUUGUGAUUCGGAGCUGCGUCUUUUUACCGUGUUUACAAUUUGGGGUCCAGUUUUCAAACUCUAAUUCAGUCUUGAGCGGCAACUUGUGGGAGAGACCUAGACAAAUACUUCAUUGUCCCAGCUCUGAAUCAGAUUAUAAGAUGUCCUUUAAUGAAUCUUGGCAAUGGCAAGGGGAGGAAUUUCAGCUAGAUGGUGAUUCACCUCUGGCCAUUUCGCAUACGUUAUGGGGCAAUUUAAAUGAAGAAGAGUCCAGGAAUUUGUUUGAGUCAACACCAGCUAAAGACUGUAUGGAAUCAAAACUUGCUCCAACUUCUGUGGAUAAACAAGGAAAUGGAGAAGAAUCUUCUUUGCUCCUUGGCAUGCAGGAAGAUGUGGACAGUCCCCGCUCUAAAAGACGACGAAUGCUUCAGUUCUCUGAUCCUACUAUGUGUAAUGAAGAUAACGGUCACAGAUUAGAAACAUUUGAGGGUUGCAGGAAUUCAACUAUGGAUGGAUGUGUGGAUGUACAUAGCCCAGAGCUGAAUUCGCAGGGCUUGUUGUGUAAAGAAGAUCCAUAUAGUUCGGUGAGUGAAAGCAUGAAACAAGAAUCGACAAGUUGGGUGGAUAAUUGUCUUAAUGAUGGGGAAUUGCAAUUAAUGUCAGAUGAAUUAGAAGGAGCAGUUGACUUUGAUGAUCAGAUUGACAUAUCGGAGUUUUGCCAACUGCAAGCAUCUGAAUCUGAAUUUGAAAUACAGCACACUGCUCCAUCACAGGCUAUCUUGCCGGGCAAGAAAAUAAGGCACCACACUCCAACCAGGCUGGUAACCCCAGUGGCCUACCCUUUCACUCUUGUUAAGCCCUGUGGUGUACAAGGGGAUGUUACACUCAAUGACAUCAAUCAGCGCAUUCUUAUGCCUAACUCAGGAGUUCAACAUGGUAGUGAUUGUGAUGGCUUGGCAUCACAGCCAGUUUCUUCAUUACCGUACUCUGGGAAGGCGGUAGUGUCUCUUACAAAGAUCCAUACAGAAGGGAAUGGCAGCAUUACUAUCAUGAGAACAAAAGGAUGAAUAAAGAGAGAAAAAAAAAGCAGGGAGUCUUUUAAAUGCAAGGUUCAAUUUUCUUAGUUGGGCAUCUCUUAAAAGCAGAGAAAAGAAAAACAUUUGUUGUGCAAUGGCCAGGAUGGCAAAUCUGAGUUCCUCACAAGUGUACUUUUUGGGAAUGCAGUACUUGAUUUUUACUUUUUAUUUUUGAAGUCUAUAAUGGCUUUUCAAAGUUCUGAGAGUCCCUAUGUACCAAUUCAAGAGACUGGGCAGUCUCUGAUGGUCUGUGGAUGAGGGGGUUAGAUUAAAAAACAAAGGCGUGGUAACUAAUCUAAUGACAUUGACUUUGUGUGGGGAUAGGUAAAUUAAGUUGUAUUGACUUUGAGUGUUGUUGGGUGCUUAUUUUAUUGAAAUCUUACCACUUAAAGAAGGGAAGGUAAGCACCUAGAUGAUAUAUAGUUUGAACUGUCAGUUUUACAAUUUGAAUAUUAUUUUUUGUCGAGUCUAUUCUCUGGGUAGGCAUAUGCAAAUUGCCGAAUACUGAACAUGAUGUUUUGUCCAGGAUUUAGUUCCAAGAAAAGCGAAGUGUGUUUUUCUAUUUAUUUAUUAAAAUAACUGGGAAGUACCUACAUAAUACUGUUUAGGCAUGUAUAAAUACUGCAUACAAUGUCUUGUGAUUUGUCCAAGUGUUAGAGUUGAGAAGAAUGAAGAGUCUUAA